GCUCCAGCUGCGAUUAAUAACUUCUUCCUCCAAUUCGCUCCCGCUGUCCCCGUCUCCUCUCUCUGCCACCGGCAGGCCCAAUCGAACGCAUCGGAGAGUCCUUGGCAGCGGCGCGGAAGCGUUUGCUAGGCUGAUUAGCUGCUCGUUUUUUUUUUUUUGAUCCGAUCACGGCAAUACCCAUGGCUUCAGAGCAGAUAAACCCAAGAGAUGUAUGUGUUGUUGGUAUUGCACGUACACCUAUGGGUGGAUUUCUUGGCGCUUUGUCAUCUUUAUCUGCAACACAACUUGGAUCUAUUGCUAUCAAGUAUGCUCUUGAAAGGGCAAAUAUAGAUCCCUCAAUUGUGCAAGAAGUCUUUUUUGGCAACGUUCUGAGUGCAAAUCUCGGCCAAGCUCCGGCCAGGCAGGCUGCUCUGGGUGCUGGAAUACCAAAUACAGUUGUUUGCACUACUAUAAACAAAGUUUGUGCAUCUGGAAUGAAGGCCACAAUGCUCGCAGCACAGAGUAUCCAGCUGGGUAUUAAUGAUGUAGUUAUAGCUGGUGGCAUGGAAAGUAUGUCAAAUGCUCCUAAGUAUAUCGCAGAAGCAAGAAAAGGAUCUCGAUUUGGGCAUGACACACUUGUUGAUGGAAUGCUUAAAGAUGGGCUAUGGGACGUCUAUAAUGAUUUUGGCAUGGGAAUGUGUGCUGAAUUAUGUGCUGUUAAUUAUUCAAUAUCAAGAGAAGAACAGGAUGCUUAUGCUAUUCAGAGCAAUGAGCGAGGAAUAGCUGCUCGUAACUCUGGUGCAUUCACAUGGGAAAUUGCACCAGUUGAAGUUUCUGUAGGCAGAGGAAGACCAUCAAUGAUUAUCGACAAGGAUGAAAGCCUAGAAAAAUUUGAUCCUGUUAAAUUAAGGAAGCUCAGGCCCAGUUUUAAGGAGAAUGGUGGGACAGUGACUGCUGGAAAUGCAUCUAGUAUAAGUGAUGGCGCUGCUGCUUUGGUGCUGGUGAGUGGACAGAAGGCUCUAGAAUUAGGAUUGCAAGUGAUUGCGAAGAUCAGAGGUUAUGCAGACUCAGCGCAGGCCCCCGAAUUAUUCACAACAACACCAGCACUUGCAAUUCCCAAAGCUAUUUUAAGUGCAGGCUUGGAUGCUUCUCAAGUUGAUUACUACGAAAUAAAUGAAGCUUUCUCAGUUGUUGCCCUGGCAAACCAAAAGCUUCUUUCGCUUCCGUCUGAGAAAGUUAAUGUGCACGGUGGAGCUGUAUCCUUGGGGCACCCCCUAGGUUGCAGUGGAGCCCGUAUACUGGUUACCUUACUAGGGGUUCUGAGACACAGAAAUGGCAAAGUUGGAGUUGCUGGUGUUUGCAAUGGUGGAGGAGGGGCUUCUGCCCUGGUCUUAGAGCUUGUGUAAGCAUUUUUAAUUUCGGCCUCAUGGAGGAAUGAAGCGAUCACUGUUGUGAGUUGAGCCAUAGUCGGUCUCCAAGUCCUCUGCCGAAGAACAAAAAUUUUACUUGAGAAUCUUUGAAGUCUCAGAAAAAAAAGGAAGACAAUGUUCCUCAAAAGAACUGAAAAACUAGUUUGCUAGAACAUGCUUUCGAAGUCUUAAAUAACUGGACGAACUAUUCUCAUCAUAGUUUCCCAGAUUUUACAAAUAAACAUGCCGUAUGUAUCAAAACUUUGAACUACCCAUUUUGUGCAAUCGGUGCCCAUAAAACCUUAACAAAAA